AACUGGGUCAAUAAAUGGGCGUCUCCCAGUUGAUUAUGGAUAUCAACUAGUGGUAGCUGAAUCAAAAUAAUAUACUUAUUCCUUUUCUUUUCUAUAUACAAUGUUUGUUUAUUUGAUGGUUUUUCAAAGAUUAAAAUAGUAAAUAGUAUUUUUGGCAGAUCACUGAUUCUAUUGUUUAUUCUACGUAAUUAUCCGGUACAUCCGCAACAUUUUUCUCUUCUCCUAUAACUCAAACAAAAAUAACAGCAAAAAAGAGUUUAAGAAAAUCAAAUGUGAUAAAGACAAAUACAGAGAAGGAAGAAACAUAAGCAUGGAGAUUUCUCCUCAUUGUUUGGUUUCUCUUCUUGUAACCCUUCUUUUGUCUGGACUCGCCUCGUCUCUCCACAUCUCUCUUGAUGAAUUUGAGUCACAUCCAGCCACAAGCCGAGCUCUUCUUCAGGCAAAGACACCAUGCAAGGAAGAUUUUGCGAGCAAGAAUUACACAAUUAUAACGAGCAAAUGCAAAGGACCAAAUUAUCCAGCCAAGGCAUGUUGCUCGGCCUUCAAGGACUUUGCUUGCCCAUUCGCAGAAGCUCUUAAUGACGAAAAGGCAGACUGUGCCUCUACAAUGUUUAGUUACAUCAAUAUCUAUGGUCGUUAUCCUCCCGGAAUAUUCGCAAACAUGUGCAAAGAAGGCAAAGAAGGGCUCGAUUGCGCCAACGUCACCGCUACCUCUUCUGCUCAUGCAUCACUCCCUCUUGUCUCCACACAUGCAUUGCUUAUCACCGUUCUCUUUUUCUACUUCUUCUAAAGACAUAUGUUACGCUAUGACAUGAGAUUUAUUAUAUAUGAUGAUUCCGUCGUUAUAUAAUUAGUUGUUGAGUGACCCAUUAAGUCGUUCCUGCAAAACCAUAGCUGAAAAUUUUCUUUCUUGUGUUAGGCUCUCGUGAACUAUUUGUUUCUUUUUUCUCAGUAACAUGCAUAAUGAGGGGUUAA